GUGUGUGAGAAACUCGAAAGAAAUCGGGGGUACAAGUUCAGACAUCUGUAAAAUGAUAUGAUGUCGAAUGAGAACAAUGUGCGAAUUUAAUUUGUAGGGCAAUGAAAGUACCACUGGUUGUAUUUUAACGUCUUAUUCCUGUACGUGGUUAACAAUACAGAAGUUACAAUGACGUGGCACAUGUGCUCUCAUAUUACCAUAUCCAAUAAUAGAAACCGGACCUUAAGCCUCUACGAAGUGACCUGUCUUGGCUGUUUUAGUAGACUAGUUGUGAAAAGGUAUUUCACUGGGUAAGACAAACAAAAAGCUUGAUUUUAUUUUAGCAAUGGCUAAUAUUAAUCAUGGUCGUCUGCAAGAACAAGAAACUUCUGGGGCUGCUUUAAGUGAAAAUGCAGGAAAUAACGAGGAUCGUGCUUGGUCAGUGGAUUCUGUAUUAGAUUUAUCUUAUAUGGACCUUGAUGUUGUGAGCUUGGCAGAAAACUUUGUGAAUAUUAACGAUGAUGAAUAUGUCCCUGGGUCUGUUAAAAACUCUCUACAAAUACUCUACCUUCAUCAUAACAGAUUAGAUGAUCUCCCACAGACUAUUUGUCAUUUUUUGAAUCUGCGUUUAUUAGACAUUAGCAAUAAUCAGAUGACGGAGAUACCAAAUUGUAUAGUACAACUUGUAAACCUUAAUUCAUUGAUAGCCAGGGGAAACAAUUUGAAUGAAGAUUCCUUUCCCAAAGAUUUUGGUACCUUAUUAUCUCUUGAAGUUUUGAAUAUAAGUGGAAAUGUCUUGAAAUUCAUACCUCACCAGCUGAUGAAUUUAGAAAGUUUAAAGUCAUUGUAUCUGGGAGGAAAUCACAUUGAGGAGAUUUCACAUGACAUAUGGAAGUUAGAAAGACUGGAAGUACUAUAUCUUGGAGGAAAUAAUUUACAAGAAAUUCCUGCAGAGGUUGGAAGACUUCAAAACUUGCAAGCCUUGGUUUUGUGUGAAAACCAUUUACAUAGUCUUCCACAUUCAAUAUCAAAUCUUCGACGUCUUCGAUCCUUAGCACUUCAUAAAAACAACCUUACCACUCUUCCCCCAGAGAUUGUGACAUUACGUGGUCUUGUAGAGCUGAGUUUGAGAGACAACCCCUUGGUUGUUCGAUUUGCAAGAGAAAUGACUUAUGAUCCUCCAUCUCUCUUGGAACUAGCAGCUCGUUGUAUUAAGAUCACUCGUAUAACUUAUACAAACAGUGAUCUACCUGCAAAUUUGUUUAACUACUUGGCUUUGGCUCAGAGGUGUGUCAAUCCAAAAUGUAAAGGUGUUUAUUUUGAUGCCAGAAUUGAACAUAUCAAGUUUGUGGAUUUUUGUGGUAAAUACCGCCUACCCCUACUGCAGUAUCUGUGCUCACCUUCUUGUACCAGUCAGCCAACUUAUGCUUCUUCUUCUAGCAGUUCUGAGGCUGAAGUCUCUGAUGAUGAUGAGCAGGUAGCUGCUAGUAAACUGAAACGUGUCCUUCUAGGCUGAUUGUUGCUUUAGUGCUGUCAGUUACACAAAGUUCAAAUACAAGUUCAACUUUAUUUUAGGCUUGUUUUUUGACUGUAUCACCUUAUUAAGCUUUUUUUUGUUGUAUUUUUGUAAUAAGUAACUACUGAUAGAUCGUAUAUUAUACCCAGAAAGUUUAGUUUCAAAAAUUGUUUUCCAUGUUAUGUUACAUAUUAAAGAGUAAAAUUAAUCUUUAGAAGAGUGAGAUAUGGGUUUCUGAAAUUGAAUUAUCAGAAGUGAAAAGGUAAGUUUGGUAAUACAAUUUUUGAAUUGUCUAGUGAGACCAACCAUUUACAAAGUCUUGGUAGUUAAGUUUGUUGUUAAUGUACAACUAUUAUAAAAUGUUUCAGUGUAAGGUACAUGGAAAACAACACAGGCUUGAACCUGUAUCUGUCAAGUGUUUGACUUUAGAGUUAAAUCAUUCUGAAAACUUGUAUGAGGGAAAACCUGCUAGUCAGAAAGAUAUAUUUUAAUUGUUUUAUUAUUAGAUAUUCCUUUCAGGGUGGAAAAAACCAAUCAGUGAUUAAGAUGUAAAAUUAUCCCUCACCAGCAUUAGUUAAUUUUGUGAUUCUAGUUUGUUAGUUUUGAUGAAUUAACGAAGAAACAAACACAGAAUAAUAACAUUUUUUAAAUGCUGUUUUUCUUAAAAAUAUAUAUUUUGGUAAGCAGAGUUAUCAUUAUAAAUGUUGUGCUAUUAAAUAUACAAGUUUGUAUGUAGUUUAGCAAAAUAUUUGACAGAGUGUUAUACUGCUUAUUCAUUUCUGGUGUUUAAAAACAUUCAUUAAAGAUAUAAAGUUCUGAAUUUCAUAACUGAAAUUGAAUGUUAACUAUUCAAAUGUAAAAACUGAAUCUGCUUUAAAGAAACUGGAACAAGGUGUGUUGUAUUUGGGUAUUUCAAAUUAUACAGAGUUUUCUGACAAUUACUUUGAAACAAACUUCAGAAUAUUUUAUUCCAUAUUGAGGUUACAUUUGUGACAAUUAAAAUCAAGAAUGUAUUCAACUCCCCAGAAUCACAUGCAUUAUUCUCUGCCUAAGUGGACUUUAUCAUUACAAUGAGCCGGCAGAGACCUUUUAUCGUAAGUUGAGAGUUUUAUUUAAUGUUCAAAUUCCAUAUAGUGAUCUCACCUCUAAAGUACCUUUGCACCUUCUAACAACUGGUCUAUGUUUAUUUAUGGUAAAUAACAAGCACCAUAAUUACUGAGCUACAAUUAUCAGAGAGCAUUGAAAUUUUUGUUAGGGCAACAUUUUUUAUAUGAAAAGUCGAGCAAUAACUGACGUAUGCUUCCUACCAAACAUUAACUAUUGUAUGACUACAAAACUUGAACUGUUUGUCCAGUUGCAUUUACCAGAUACACAUACAUUCCAGUGCCUUAAAUUAUAGACGAAAAUGUGAUUACUGGACGUACGUCAGCAUUUAUUAGUUUUUAUACUUAAAUAAAAAACAAUUAAUAGACUUAAAGAAUUUUUCUUUGUAACAGGUAAGCUCUCAUUUCCCAGUUAUAUAUCAAUGUUUACAUUUUAUAGAGUAACUUUCACCCAACACUUAGAUAUACCUAGUACACAUUGCAAACAGUUACUGGAUAUAUAACUUGUAUUUCAUCUUUGAACGAUAUUCAACGUAAGUAUACGUACAGAAUUUUGUUUGGCACACAUGUAAACCCUAGGUUAUCAUCACUUACCAGCCAGUUACAAGUCGUAAUCAGAAAGUUUCCUUAUAGGCAUAUAUAUAUAUAUAUAUAUACAAAAGCGUAUGGUGAACAGUUGUUUGGUUUCAUACAUAUACAUUGGAAUGAAAGCAUUAAAUAUAAGCAAAUAAAAAGAAGUUCUCUAAAAUGAUAUUCUUGUAAAAGAAAUAUUUAGUUGUGAAUUAAAGUGGAAGAUUGUUUUCUGUCACUCAGAGGAACUGCUUCUUAUUUUCAUUGAAGAAACUUUCUACUAGUCUUUCAGAAAUUUUCAUGUAGACACUAGCCCUGAUGUUACCAGAACUAGUCAGCUGUAACUAAUGAUAAAGGUUUUUAUUUUUCAUCGUGUCAAAAGACGUUGGAUUUUCUGUUUUUUGCUCAUAAUAUUGCAGCACAACGUGCAUGAAAAGAAAUUAAAAUCUUCCAUACUAAUUUGAUUCAUCAAAUUUUACUAUACUUUUAGCUCUGUGGCUUUUGUUUCACUCCUGAGAUGCAAGGAGUCUAUAGAAAUACCCACAAUAUUAGGAAUAUGGACUUAAAAGAUUGUGCAUUAAUUUACUCGGGAGUUACUAUCAAACAAAAUGUCACAUUAACUUACUCAGGAGUUACUAUCAAACAAAACGUCACAUUAAUUUACUCAGGAGCUACUAUCAAACAAAACAACAUUAAUUUACUCAGUAGUUACUAUCAAACAAAACGUCACAUUAAUUUACUCAGGAGUUACUAUCAAACAAAAUGUCACAUUAAUUUACUCAGGAGUUACUAUCACACAAAACGUCACAUUAAUUUACUCAGGAGUUACUAUCAAACAAAACAACAUUAAUUUACUCAGGAGUUACUAUCAAACAAAACCACAUUAAUUUACCCGGGAGUUACUAUCAAACAAAACAUCACAUUAAUUUACUCAGGAGUUACUAUCAAACAAAACCACAUUAAUUUACUCAGGAGUUACUAUCAAACAAAACAUCACAUUAAUUUACUCAGGAGUUACUAUCAAACAAAAUGUCACAUUAAUUUACUCAGGAGUUACUAUCAAACAAAACAUCACGUUAAUUUACUCAGGAGUUACUAUCAAACAAAACGUAAGCAUCAUAGCCCCUUUGAUUUGUGCAUAUAAAAAAAUAAUAAUACAUGAUUGAAACAUUAAAAAUGAUAGAAGUUGAACGGGUUUCUGAAAUUUGUGUGAAAGACCUUUAUAUGAUGAAUAUUAUUUAUUAAAUGUCAUGUAGUCCCAGUAAUGUUAAAAUUGUUACUCUUAUUGCAUACUUGUGAAAAUGGAAAAGUUUCCAUUCAGAAAAAAUUCAAUUGAUAAGUAUACCAAACGUACAUUAAUGUUUGAAAUACAGUUUAUUCUUGUGAGCUGGUUGCUUAGUAAAUGUAAUUGUGAAAUUUAAAAAGUUAGAACUACACCUAUGUAUUAAAUUAGGCUACUACCAGAUUUAUGCUUAUAAAUUGCAUAAAGUAAUGGAAUCAAUAUUAGAAUUUGCAUUUUAUUUAUAUCGUAACAGUAUAAUAAUAAGCAAGAAAUAUUGACAGCAACAAAGAAUUGGUUUAUUAAGUCAUAUAGUUUGUGCAUGUACGAAGCCCUCUAGCUAUUAGUUACAUAUAGUUUAUUUGGAAGUUAAACAAGUUGCUUGCUAAUUAAUAGUUUUCAUAUAAAAGUAGUAUUUUCAGUGAGUCUUGAUUAAUGCAAUUAAACUUGUAAAAAAAUCACCCAAAAUAUUGAUAAAAUAUUAAAUACAUAAAUGUAACAAUCGGUACCAGUAAGUAAAUAAACAAUCAGUAUUGGAUAGUUUUGUCUUUGUAAGCUGCAUAUGAGGAUUAUUAUGUACGGAAGCUAAUGUUACUUGAGUGUUUGUGGACAAUAAUGAGAGAAAGGGUGUUUAAAAGGUAAGAGUAAAAUUUUCCACUUACAAAGUAGAAGAAAUAAAUUGUUUUUUUUUAUUGUAGUCACAGACAAUAAAAUCUCAUGUAAGGAAAGUGUGAAAAUUAAUGCAAAAAAAACAUUGUAUGAGAUGGAAGAUAUUAGCAAGAUUAUGAGAGUAUUUUAGACUAUUUACGUAGUUACUUGUUUAUCUACCGAAUAGAACGUGUAAACUUUACGAUACAAAUAAAAAAAUAUAUAUUGAGAGAAAUAACUAAUAAAUUGUCUGUAAGAUAUAGGGUAUCCACAAAAUAUGUUAAGAUAUGUGGGGUUUGUUAAUGUAGAGAUACAUUAUAUAUAUAUAUAUAUAUAUAUGUGUGUGUGUGUGUGUGUGUAUUUACAUGUGUUAUAAAAGAGAUUUUUCUGUAUCUGCAAAAUAACUCAUUUGACUCUGUGCUACUAAACUGAUGACCCUUGACAUUUUGUUUUUAAAUAACCUCUGUUUGAGAAUUAGAAUCUCAUUUACAGUUGUGUCUGUAAAUUAUUAGUUUUAAAGAUACCAAAUAGCAUUGAUACUGAGAUUAAAGAAUAAUUGACUUAAUGUGAUAGGUGUGACAUUGAGACUUGCAGUAUUUUCCACAUUUAGAAGCAUCAAAAGUUAACUUCUAGCCAUAUUGGUAUUCAAUUUAAUUUGUCAUUUUACAAUAAUCAUAUAUAUUUGAAUAAUCAAGAGUUGGUACACGAAAAGGUUGGUUGUGGUUUGGUUUGCAAAAAUACUGUUUCUUUAACUUCAGUUUCAUAAAUUGGGAGCUUAGUAGGUUUGCCAACUACUAAAUGCCAAAAGUAAACUCUUUUUUAAAGUUUUUACAUUUUCUUUCUGAUUUUCUCCCUAAAAAUACCAGUUAACUUGCUAUAAAUCUUCAUAACUCAAACAUGUUUGGGGCUUUUGUUUUGUUUUGUAAUUCUAAUAAUUUAAAACUGUAAAAGCCAGUACUUUUAUCCACUGACUUGAGUAGUUGGCUGUUGUUUGAUAAUUCAUUGUCUGUUUUUGUUAAGUAGCAGGUAGGUAUGGAAGUACAUUGAAAUAACAGAUUAACAAUAUCUUGUACUAUAAUAUUUUGUACUGUAAGAAUAAACAGUAAAUUAAUAUUAAAAGAAAAGUGUUCAUUAAAAAGAAUUAUAAGCAGCAUUUGAACUUUAAACUUUGGGUAAAGAAUUUGAUGUAAACAAUUAUUAAAUGUAUAGAGAAAAUUGGUCAAAAAUUGAAACAUUUGAAAAUGUAACUAAAGCAACGUUUAUCACAUGAGAUAAGUUUUACUUGAAGAUAAUAAUGUCUUUUUCCUUUUCUUAUAUCGUUUGGAAGAAUGAUCAUAGUAUCUGUGUACAUUUCUUGUAGAGACAAUCAGACAUGGCAAAAACUUUGCUAUUGAUAAAGAAAAUUCACAUCAUUGAAGAACAUUUCCAGUGUAUUGAUAAUAUAAUGAAAUGCUCACUGAUAACAGCAUAAACAUCAAAUUAUUUUUAUGAUAUAACCUUACUAUUUCUAUUACUUAGAAUGUUAAAAUUCUAAACAAUUAAUGAAAACCAUCCUUUUAGCUUGUCAAGUAGUACUAGUAAAGCAACCAGUUACUGAUAGAAAUUUGUCAAGACAACUAUAUUUUGUUUAUGUUUAAUAUAAGAUCAAUGUAGUUUUUGAAAUAAAAAUUCAAAAUGUUUACUAA